CAAAAGGGAAUGUCGUCUGUUUUGCUCUCCCCCAUGAUAUGUUGGUUUUGUGUGUUGCUAAGUUACAAUUUAGAGAUAUUUCUAGUUGCUGCUAUUUGAGUCGAAGAUUAAAUCAGCUAUCAAGCCAUGAUCCGUUGUGGAAAAGACACUGCAAGAAAUACUGGCUUAUUUCAGAAGAGGAAAAAAGUCAACGAAAUCAGAGCUGGAAAGCCAUCUUCAUCAGUACCUACUCUGACCUAGGAAGAUACAUCCGGUACUAUGCUACAUUGAAAAAAGCCUGGGAUGACCUAGAAAAAUACUUAGGACAGCGAUGCCCUCGGAUGAUUGGUUCUUUGAAAGAGAGUGUGCGGGAGGAAGAUCUAGAUGCUGUGGAAGCACAAAUAGGUUGCAAACUUCCUGAUGACUAUCGAUGUUCGUUUCGUAUUCAUAAUGGACAGAAGCUAGUUGUUCCUGGUUUGAUGGGAAGCAUGGCACUGUCGAACCACUACCGCUCUGAAGACUUGUUGGAUAUCGACACAGCGGCUGGAGGUUUUCAGCAGAGGCUAGGUCUGAAGCAAUGCCUUCCUCUUACUUUUUGCAUUCAUACUGGCCUGAGUCAAUACAUGGCCCUGGAGAGUGUGGAGGGACGAAAUAAAUACGAGAUCUUCUAUCAAUGUCCAGACCAAAUGGCUCGCAAUCCAUCUGCUAUUGAUAUGUUCAUUACAGGUACAUCUUACUUGGAAUGGUUUACAUCCUAUGUAAACAAAGUUGUAACUGGUGGUUAUCCAAUCAUCAGAGACCAGAUUUUCAGAUAUGUGCAUGAUAAAGAAUGUGUUGCUACCACAGGAGAUAUUACUGUUUCUGUGUCCACAUCUUUUCUACCUGAACUCAGUUCUGUACAUCCACCACAUUAUUUCUUCACUUACAGAAUCAGAAUUGAAAUGUCCAAAGAUGCUCUUCCUGAGAAGGCUUGUCAGCUGGACAGUCGAUACUGGAGAAUAACAAAUGCCAAAGGUGACGUAGAAGAAGUUCAGGGUCCUGGAGUAGUUGGGGAGUUUCCAAUUAUCAGUCCGGGGAGAGUCUAUGAAUAUACCAGCUGUACUACUUUUUCCACAACAUCUGGGUAUAUGGAAGGGUAUUACACCUUCCAUUGCCUCUACUACAAGGACAAAUUCUUUAACGUCACAAUUCCCAGAUUUCAUAUGGUGUGUCCAACAUUCAAGGUGUCUACGGCACGAAUGGAAACAAAUCAUAACGAAUACGCAGUGGAUGAAGACGAAGAUUCCACAGACACUGAUGAAUACGAAGAUCGACGUAGAGUGUUGGACAUUCCUGCACCUUCUGGACGCUGCCCACGUCAUACCUGAUGGGACUUAUUUCAAAACAAAAUAAACUGUUUUCAGAAGCUGAACUCUUUGGGGCUAGUGCAUAAGAAUAUUUCUGACUAUUCUAAAUGAACUUUCUGUUGCACAUCAGGGCAACUAGCAUGAAUGUUGGUGCCAGUUCUAAUAUUCAUCAGAGUAUAACUUUUUUUUUUUCCCCUGGUUUGGCAGUGGGGAGAGGGCUUGGGGGGGCAGCGGGAGGGAGGGAGAGGAAAAGAAAGGUGUUUGGGCUUUGUUCACUUUUUUUCAGAAGUGCAAAACAGCUUGAUAGUUGGAGGUCAUCGUAUCUUACAUUUUUAAGCUAUUGCCUAUUUAUGAUCAUAUUGCAAAUGUGGUGUGGGGAUUUGUUUUUAUACAAGCAUUUAAAAUUAGCAAUAGACAAGAUGGCAAAAAAGGUGU